AUGAAGCAUAAAAAUCGGCCCUUUGAUUUCACUGUAUUAAUUUGUUUAUUUAUUUCUGCAGACGAUGGAACAACUGCAAAUGCGAAUGCAAACGAUAGUGUUUCUUCGGAUUCAGAUCGUUCAUUGGAAGUGACGACACCAGACGAUGUAGAUGAUGACACAACAAGAAAUGCGAAUGCGAACGCAAAUAAAAUCGUUCGUUCUGCUCCAGUCCCGUUAUCGGAAGUUCCAGUACUUGCAUGUCAGCCUGAACAAUUGAAUUCAACAACGACAGAAACAGUAACAGGAGAUGAAACGAGCAACCCAAGCUUCGACAAGAACGUGCGACAAGUGAUGCCUGUACGACGGUCUGAACGAUUGGAGACAAUAACAGAAAGAAAUGCUGACACCAAAACAAACGUCAUACCCGGGCGACGGUCUCAACGCUUGAAUACAUCUGUAGCAACAGAAGCGAAUGCUGACACCAAUACAAAAGCCGUCGAAAAACUUCCUCGAUUGACCCGCAAAUAUUGGACGGUUCCGGGCGAGUUGGUUUGA